AUGGACAGUGUACCAGAUUAUUACCCUGACGUGUCUCGACGUCUGUCUCAGGUGCUGGAUGAUAUAGGAGUGAAUGAGAGGACUGUCAAUGUGAGGAGACGUACUGGACUGUUGAGGGAGAGUUUUUGGACAUUGAAGUGUAAUGUUCUCGGCGACGACUCGAAGUGUUAUAAUUUCGGUAGUCAGACGGAAGGUACUACUACUGUAGGACUUAAAUCCGAUACCGAUUUUCUGCACUGCUAUCAUGAUUGUAAUGUGAUACAAGACUGGGGAGAUUGGAAACAAGGUAAAAUGAACUUAUUAAUGAUUCAGGAUGAUGCAGUACCACCAGGUUAUUGUAGACUUCAGCUGUUACGACCAGAUAUUCCUGUAGCCCGGGAGGAUUUACCCGAUGAGUAUCAUGAAUAUGACGAUGAAAGAAGGGUGCUUAUGAAAAAUACAUACUUAAAUCAAGGGUUGAUUGAAGGAUUUGUCAGACAUGGUCCAGCAUGUACAAAUGAAGAUCUCAAUGUUGACAUCGUAAUUGCCUUUCCGUGUAAAAGAUGGCCAAGUGAAGCAGAAUUAUGGAUGUUUAGAUACUAUACAAACCAGUCCAACAACAUUCACUUGAUACGACAAGCAGUGCAAUCGGGCUGUUUUCUGGUAGGUACCGGGUACAGUUCUAGUCAAAACGAGAGAUUAGAAUGGAGAAUAUCUACAUCAAUGGCUGAGAGAGAUAUAAUGUCCAGUAUGAAUAUCACACAAGUCAGAUGCUAUGUUCUUCUGAAAAUGAUAAUGAAAACCUUUAUUACACCUGACUUUCCAGACACAGUAUCAAGCUUUCACUGUAAAACGGUUUUAAUGCAUCUAAUUGAAAAUUCAAAAAAUGAACUUUAG